GUUGGCCGGCAGGUCACGUCAUAUUUACGCGUCGUUGUUGUUGCUAUCGGAGUCACCACCGUUUGAAUUGCGGUUGCAGUCAUGGUGGUUUUUCCAAGUUCACUGACGGAGGAAGAGGAGGCACUGCAAAAGAAAUAUGCUAAACUUAAGAAAAAGAAAAAGGCACUGCUUGCCUUGAAGAAACAGAGUUCAACCAACCAGACAAACCAGAGUGGCCUCAAACGGACACUGUCGGACCAGCCAGUUGUUGACACGGCGACAGCAACGGAGCAAGCGAAAAUGCUCAUCAAGUCAGGGGCCAUCAGCGCUAUUAAAUCUGAGAACAAGAACUCGGGCUUUAAACGGUCUCGAAUGCUGGAAAUCAAACUCAAGGACCCUGAAAAAGGCCCAAUUCCUGCUUUCUUACCAUUCCAAAGGAGCGUCUCUACAGAUGAGGACCAACCCGAGUCUGGAAAGAGAGCCCACAGGAAGUCUCUUUAUGAGAGCUUUGUCAGUUCAAGUGACCGAUACCGGGACGAGGAUGAUGGAGGCGGCAUGUCCUCCAGCCGCGACAUGGAAAGAGACAGAGAGCGAGACCGCGAUCGAGACCUGGACAGAGAACGGGACAGAGAAAGGGACAGAGAUAGAGACAGAGAUAGAGAGCGGGACAGGGAUAGAGACAGAGGCAGGGAGAGAGACAGGGACCGAGAGCGAGAGAGAGACAGAGACCGGAGCAGAGACAGGGAUCGGGACAGGGAUCGGGACAGGGACCGAGACAGAGACAGAGACAGAGACGGACCAUUCAGACGAUCCGACUCGUACCCGGAGCGGCGAUGCGUUCGAAAGGGGAACACAGUGUACGUUUACGGCUCUGGCCUCGUGGAGGACAGCCUGCGCACUGCGUUCUCUCAACACGGAAACAUCAUCGACCUCUCCAUGGACAACCCACGCAAUUGUGCUUUUAUCACGUUUGAGAAGAUGGAGUCUGCAGACCAGGCUGUGGCUGAGCUGAGUGGAAGCUCGGUGGGAGAUGUCCACAUCAAAGUCAGCAUCGCCAGGAAGCAGCCGAUGCUGGACGCUGCCACUGGGAAAUCAGUGUGGGCUUCUCUGGCGGUGCAGAACAGCACCAAGGGCUCCUACAGGGACAAGAGGAACCAAGUGGUGUACAGCGAAGACUUCCUGUGACGACGCUUCCUUUCUUUGUCUGUUUUUUGCUUUUAAAGCCGUUUGGCUGCUUCAGUUGUACGUUUUUGCUGGAUAAGUAGAGGGUUUUCUGUUGUCUUUUUGAACCAGUAGAUGGGAUGUGGGGCGGGACUGAUCCUGAAACUACAGAUCUGUUUUGUGGAGCUCAAUAAAAGCUGUUUGUUCUUUGUUA